AUGGAACUCCUGAUCAUCUGCAAUGCUUGCAAAACAGCAUCCGCUCGACGAGUCACCGCAAUCCUACCGAACUUCCCUUAUGCUCGGCAAGACAAGAAAGACAAAUCGCGAGCGCCGAUCACUGCGAAAUUGAUGGCGAACAUGCUACAGACUGCUGGCUGCAAUCAUGUUAUUACCAUGGACUUGCACGCAUCCCAGAUCCAAGGUUUCUUCAAUGUACCAGUAGACAACCUGUACGCCGAGCCAAAUUCCGUCAAGUGGGUUCGAGAGAACCUCAUGCACGCCACCGAAAACCACGCUGAGAUCAACGGCGCGAAAGAGGAUUGUGUCAUAGUGAGCCCGGACGCUGGUGGUGCGAAAAGAGCCACGUCCAUUGCCGACAAGCUGGACCUUCCUUUCGCCCUGAUUCACAAGGAGCGAUCCCGGCCUAACGAAGUCAGCCGAAUGACGCUCGUAGGUACAGUCCAGGGCAAGGUCGCUAUUUUGGUCGACGACAUGGCCGACACCUGCGGAACCCUGGCCAAAGCGGCGGACACUCUGAUCAAGCAUGGCGCCAAAGACGUAGUCGCACUGGUCACCCAUGGGAUCUUGUCAGGCAGAGCCGUCGAGAUCUUGAAGGGCUCUUCGCUUUCGAGACUUGUCAUCACAAACACCGUGCCUGUGCCCGAGGAGAAGAUCGAGGCUCUGAAAGUCGAAGAGGGUCAGAAGGGAUGCAGGCUCGAGUUCAUCGACAUUGCUCCAGUGCUAGCGGAAGCCAUACGACGAACGCACAAUGGUGAAAGUGUCAGCUAUCUAUUCAGCCAUCCUGUGUCAUAG